AUGUCAGAGCUAGUCGAUCAAAAGCCACAAGCAAACGAUUCCGUUCUCAAAAACUUAGAAGAGAUAAAACCGGAUGAAGAAGAACAGCAAAAAAAGGUGUACAAGUUUGCACUGGUGCACAUCAAAGCAACAAAGAACGACACGAUAAUUCAUGCCACUGAUCUUACCGGCUCGGAAACUAUCACCAAGUCAUCUGGUGGAAUGAAGGUGAAGGCGCACCGUGAUGAGAGUUCAGCAUACGCUGCCAUGUUGUGUGCACAGGACAUCGUCAGUAAAUUGAAAGAGCGUGGAUAUGAUGCCAUUCAUGUUAAGGUACGUGCACGUGGAGGUUCCGGUUCUAAGGUGCACGGACCUGGUGGACAAGCCGCUGUGCGUAGUUUAAUACGCGGUGGAUUGAGAUUGGGCAGGAUUGAGGAUGUUACGCCGAUUGCAUGCGGAUCUGUCAGGAGGAAAGGUGGUAGAAGAGGAAGAAGACUAUAGUUAAACGAGU